UAAAAAUGGCGUUCAGCUUUCCAGCCUUCAGCUAUAUCAUAGCAUUAAUAGUAGACGCAUUUCUUAUAUUCUUUUCUAUAUUUCAUGUAAUUGCAUUUGAUGAAUUAAAAACAGAUUAUAAAAAUCCUAUAGACCAAUGUAAUAGUUUAAAUCCACUUGUGCUACCAGAAUAUUUAAUGCAUGUAUUUUUCAAUAUACUAUUCUUAUUUGCUGGGGAGUGGUUCUCGUUAUGUCUCAAUGUCCCACUCAUAGCUUACCAUGUGUACAGGUACCACACAAGGCCAGUAAUGUCGGGGCCUGGUCUAUAUGAUCCGACAUCUAUUAUGAAUGCAGACAUGUUAAAUCGAUGCCAACGAGAAGGUUGGGUCAAAUUAGCAGUAUAUUUAUUAUCAUUUUUCUAUUACCUUUAUGGAAUGAUAAUCUCAUUGAUACAAGCCUAAGACAAUUUCCAAAGAAAUUUUAAAUUAUUUAUAUUCAAAGUCACAAAAAAUGUCAUGUUACAAAAUAAAUGUAUUCAUUGUAGAU